GUCCAAAGACUUGAAAUCACGAGAAACGUGGACAAGAAUUGGAAAGAAAACAAACGAACGAGGUUGGCCAUCGUUGCAGCCCACACACACUCCUUUCACAGCUCACGCAGGCACACACACAACCAUGGCACCGACUGCUCUGCGCCCAAUGACGAUGGCUGCUGCCGCUUCCGGGCGUCAAGCUUGGCGGCAAGUGAUGCGGCCACCUGCGUCGUCGACACAGAAGCUCCUGCCAGGACGCCAAUCCGAGCAGCUCCUCCAGCGACGAGCUGCUUCUUCUUCGUCUUCCUCUCCCGCCGCCGCGCAUUCGAUAAUUCAAAGGCCGACAGCACCCGCCGUGUCGCCGAGAAUCCUGCCUGCUAGGAACACCAGCACUACAGCUACUAUCAAGGGCCCAAAGCAGCAGCAGCGAUCCUACAGCUCGUCGUCACCAAAUAAUAAUAGCUCGACGCCGCCUCCCCCGCCGAGGGGCAAAAAUAAGAAUAACCUCAAGUUCUGGCCAUUCCUCGUGGUCAUUGCCUUGGGCUCCUCGAGCUACAUUUUGCUCGUGAAUCGGCGAAAAGGAAGAGCCAGGGCCAAGAGCACGAGUGCAGCUAGCAUAGGUCGUCCAUAUUCUGGUCAUGCCGUGGUGCCAUGCUCCGUAGUAGUGCCACAGCCAGCUACUCCUGCUGUGAAUCCCUUUGUCGCCCGGGGCCUUGCCCUCUCGCUUCUCCCCCUUUUCUGGGCCCUUACCCGUUCUAUGCCAUGCACGGCGGGGAUUCAGGUUACUGGGCGACAACAAUCUCUCUAACCGCCUAAAACUGAACGUUGAAAAAAACUGACACAAUCUUUUGUGUUUUUAUUAAUAGAAAUGCCUGCCGUACCCCCCGUCGCCAGCAAGACGUCGCCGACGUUCUCGCCUAACGAUGUGACGGUGCUGUUCGUGCUAGGCGGGCCGGGCGCCGGCAAGGGCACGCAGUGCGCGAGGCUCGUCGAGGAUUUUGGGUUCACGCACCUGUCGGCUGGCGACCUGCUGCGGGCCGAGCAGACGCGCGAAGGCUCCGAGUUUGGCGCGCUGAUCCGGGACUGCAUCAAGGACGGGUCGAUUGUGCCCAUGGAGGUGACGGUGCAGCUGCUCGAGAACGCCAUGAAGGACACGAUUGCCGCUGUACGAGGAGGAUCAGGAGGAGCCAAGGCCCGCUUCCUCAUCGACGGCUUCCCGCGCAAGAUGGACCAGGCCUUCAAGUUCGAGGAGGCCGUCUGCCCCGCGCGCCUCGUGCUC